AUGGAUACAAACAUCAAUUUGAGUGACCAAAAACACACCAACAUCCAUGAGAAGGCAAUAGUCAAACCAUUCGGGGUUUUGAAUACUGAGUCUGGUAAGGAGGAGAUCGGAACUACAGACAUCGCUAUUGACUUAUCUAAUAAGGGAACAAAUGUCAACAUGGAUGAAGGGAUGCUCAACCAUGAAUCUUCGGUCACAUCUAUCAUCGAUACUUCAACAGCUUUACCACCACCAUCGUUACCCGGUCCUACUUAUAUUCCUGUUUUGACUAUAUCACCAACAUUCGAUGGUAUCAUGCAAGAACCUAUCACUACUCUCUUCUCAUCUCAGUCCACUGAAAAUUCACAACCAAAAAACGAAACUAAUGAUGAAGAUAUCAUGGUUUCGUUUGCUGAUCUUCAAUUCAACCCUAGAGAAGAAAAUAUUCCUGAUGAACUCAUUAUGUCAGAUACUAGAAGAAAGAACUAUGUGACUGGAGUUGAAAUGGAAUACUUGAUAAAAUCUCAAGAAUCUUGUUUGCAAAACUUAAUUGAGGGAAUUGAGAAGAAACAAGUAGAAAGACUAGCUUUUCAUUCCAGGAGCUAUGAUUAUGAAAUUCAUAAGUUUUGUGAUGCUGCUAAGGCACGUCAUGAACUUUUCAUGGAGCAUGUCAAUGAAACGAAUGGGUCUCUUGUUGUCAAGGUUGAUGAGAUAAAAUCCUUGAUGUCAUAA